AUGUUUUUUCCUUUUGCAGUCCUAAUACUUGAGAAGAUCGAGAACAAUGACUUAUUUAAUAAAACCUUGAAGAUCACGGACUUUGGUCUAGCCAGGGAAUGGCAGAAGACCACAAAGAUGAGUGCUGCGGGUACCUACGCUUGGAUGGCCCCAGAAGUGAUUCGUCUGUCUCUCUUUUCCAAGAGUAGCGAUGUCUGGAGCUUUGGUGUUCUCCUCUGGGAACUGCUGACCGGAGAAGUUCCAUAUCGGGAAAUUGAUGCUCUGGCUGUUGCCUAUGGGGUUGCAAUGAACAAACUGACACUUCCAAUUCCAUCAACUUGUCCGGACCCAUUUGUUCGGAUCCUGGAAGCCUGUUGGGACCCUGAUCCUCAUAGCCGCCCUUCCUUCUCAACCAUUCUGGAUUUGCUGACCACUAUAGAGCAAUCAGCCAUGUUUCAGAUGCCCUUGGAAUCCUUCCAUUCCCUGCAGGAAGACUGGAGACUGGAAAUUCAACAGAUGUUUGAUGAACUCAGAACCAAAGAGAAGGAGUUGCGUAGCCGGGAGGAGGAGCUGGUGCGUGCCGCCGAGGAGCAGAGGAACCUGGAGGAAAUGCUCCGCAGGAGGGAGCAAGAGCUGGCAGAGAGGGAAUUCGACAUUGUGGAGCGGGAGCUGAAUAUCAUCAUGUACCAAAUGUACCAGGAGAAACCCAAGGUGAAAAAACGGAAGGGCAACUUCAAGAAGAGCCGUCUGAAGCACAAGGAUGGCAAUCGGAUCAGCUUACCCUCAGGAUUUGAACACAAGAUCACCGUACAGGCAUCGCCGACUCUAGACAAGUGCAAAGGUCAGGGGUCGAGCAGCUACAGCCCCCCUGGGAGCCCUCUGAUUAUCCCAAGACUCCGAGCCAUUCGAUUGACCCCUGUGGAUGGCAGUAAGACCUGGGGGCGGAGCUCCGUGCUGAAAAAAGAGGAGGUGGCUUCAACCAAGAAGAAAGGGAGGACAUGGGGCCCCAGUUCUACACAGCCAAAGGAGAGAGUCGGCGGGGAGGAAAGGCUGAAGGCACUUGGAGAAGGCAGCAAGCAAUGGUCUAGCAGCGCCCCAACCAACCUCGGGAAGUCACCUAAGCACACGCCUAUUAGUGUGGGUUUUGCAAGUCUAACAGAAAUGGAGGAAUAUGCGGAUAAUGAAGGCUCAGUUCCCCAAUCCCCGUACUCCACUCAGUCCUACCUCUCUCUGCCUCUCCAGUCCGAUGCCAGGAGUAAUAAUGAAGACUCCAGCCUUUCUGCAGCAUCAUCUUCGGACAGUCCCAAGCGCAACUCCCAGUCCCGCAGAAAGAGUGAACUGGUGUUACUGGGAUGCGCAUCUCUUCUGGCAGCUGUUGCACUCGGCAGUGAUCUAGCAGAGUUAGUGCCCCAAGAGGAGAAAAGAAAGGGCAUUUUCCAAUGGGCAGCAAGGGGCAUGAAGCGUAGCGGUAAUUCUCCCAGUCACUCCUUGUCUAAAGAGGAGUCAGUCAUCCCCACCAGUUCAGUCACGCUCAUCUCAUUGUCUUCCAUCUCAGACUGUAACUCCACCAGGUCCCUUAUAUGCUCAGAUAGUGAUGACACUGGACUGACCAAUGAUCACGUGCCCCGAGGGCAACUCACAGACGAGGAGCCUAGUAGGGAGGCUGCCCCUGGCCGAAACCCGCUAGUGGACUACAAAGUGGAAAGUUUUAAAAGGGACCCCCGACAGUCCUUGACUCCCACUCACGUCACAGCCACCAGAGCUAACGCCACCGCAACCAGGGGUCACAGAAGGACGCCAUCCGAUGGGGCCAUACGGCAGGUGACACCGGGUCAUCGGCGUUCACCUUCAGAUGGCAGCACACCGCCACAGGUUCCAAAGAAACACACUCCGUUCCCACUUUUGCCAGACCCUCGCUUUGUAUUCCCCCCUCCAGCGCGACGUAAACUUCAAGACAAGGAUUCUGCCGUUGAAAGACCCACCACCCUAGAAUUUGCCCCCAGGCCUCGUCCUUCUGCUGGCCGCCCGAGACUAGACCCUUGGAAAUUUGUGUCCCUUUCUCGGACUCACAGCUCAUCUCCACCCGGCAGCGGAGGGGAUGCCAGCUCGAGUGGAUCUGCAGAUGGUGUUCAGGUGGGAGGUGCGGAGGAGACCCUUCUGGACAUGGAGGUGGAAGGACAAAGAUUGGACAACACUGUCCCGCUGUGUGGGGGAGGCAUCCGGCCACAGAUUGACCCUUAUUAUAAUUUGGGGGCAGAUGUUUCUUAA